CUGACUGUCAAUUUUUGUGACAUCACAAGUAAACAUUUAAUCAAAAAUGGCAGGCGUUAUUUGAUUUUGAAAUGUACUCAUACUUUUUGUCAUAUUUGAUUAUUUUAAACGUAUACAUUUAAAAAAAAUGCUGAACCAAGUCUCGGUAGAGGCUGUUUAUUCAGCUACAUACGUAGAAAACUAUUUGGACUGCGUAGAAAAUCUUCCAGAUGAGCUACAACGUUUAAUUUCGAGGAUGAGAGAAUUGGAUGUUUAUUAUUUAGCUCGUGUGAGAGAGGUGGCUAUUCAGACUGAAAAUUUCAAAAAUAUGGGCAACGACAAUCCAGCUAAAAAGGCAAAAAGUUUCUCAAGAAUGCAACAAGCUUUGAUUGCAGCACAAGAAUUAGGAGAUGAAAAAAUGAGUCUGCUGCAAAACAUUUUGGACAAAAUAGAAAUCAAAACGAGAUUGUUAGAUCAAGAUUUUAGAAAUUUAGAUUUUGGUAAAGAAGAACCAAGUCAAAUUGAAGUUAAAGAGCAACAACCAGUUUUGAACAGCACUCCUACUAGCAAUAAUAAUGGCAACACUGCAAAUACCACCACCAAUAGUAAUUCUGCAAGCACUGAGAGACCAGCGAAAAGGGCGAGAAGAACUCGUCAUGACACUUAUUCGGGAACAGAAAAUAAUGAUACUAUACCAGUUGAACAUGUUCUUAGAAGUCAAGUUCCCAGUACAACACCCACUAGUACUGUACAGAAAAAACAAUCGACAAGUAAAAAGAAAAAACGCAAAUCCCGACAAAACACUCAAGUGCAAAAAGAAGAAUCUCCACCAAGGGAUGAAGAACCGGCAAUCGAUCCAGAUGAACCUACUUACUGUCUUUGUGAUCAGAUUUCGUAUGGUGAGAUGAUAAUGUGCGACAACGAUCUGUGUCCUAUAGAAUGGUUCCAUUUUUCGUGCGUUACUCUUUCUACCAAACCGAAAGGAAAGUGGUACUGUCCGAAAUGUCGCGGUGAUCGGCCGAACGUCAUGAAACCGAAGGCGCAGUUCUUGAGGGAGUUGGAAAAAUACAAUAAAGAAAAAGAAGAAAAGACGUAAUAAUAAUUAAACAACCAAAAGUUGGAUAGCGGAGGGAUGGAAUGAAUUAGGUGUAUAUAUCGAAAAAUUUCAGUAUCACAAAUUCACAGUUAAUGAUACAUCUUUACUAUAUAAAAUGGGUUUCAAUUUGUGUGGAGGUAAUAGGGACUAUUUAGGUAUAAAUUGAAAUUUUUAUCCAUUUUAUAUGAACGCCAACAUUUUUGUGAUACGUUUACUUUUUUUGUAUUAUACACAAAAUUUCCCAUCUGUCGAUGGCUAAGGUACUUUGUUGUAAUUUAUAAUCUGUAUAGAAUUUUUUUUCUCUGUAACAAAUAAGAUUUAUGUUUAUUAUACUUGAGGCUCUUCCAAGAUAAGGUAAAAAUUAAUUUUAUAUAAAUAAGUAGGUCAAAUACAG